AUGGGCAAUUCAAAUAAUAAGAAUAAUCCUUUCAGUGGAAAGGCAUCCUCAUCAUAUAACUGGUACGAAUCGGAACAAGUGAGUGGCUGCUUUCUUUCUCAUUCCUAUGAAUAUUCAAUAUCGAGUGGUUUUUUAAUGAAUGGAAAGGGAAAUAACAAACGUGAAUCACCCUCAUCAUCACCCUCUUCGGAAGAGAAUAAACUCCCUACAAAAUACAAACUCUGCAUUGAAGGAAAGUUUCCAGUGUGGUCAUUCUAUGUCAAUGAAGAAAGAACCAUGAUGUUUGAAUGUUUGGAAAAUGAUAAGAAGGAAGUCAAUCAUCCUGAUGAUCAUGUUUUUGAUUUAAACAAGGAAGGAAGAGCUGACUUGUUGGCAGAAUUUCACCUUCUCGCAAAGAUUGUCCAAUUAGUCACUGAUAAUCAAUUUGGAUUAAUGUUUUCGAAUGCUCAUCAUUUUUCUAUUGUCCUCAUCAAGCAGCAACCAUCAAGUACUUCAUUCGGUGGUGAGGAAAUAGCCUCAUUCAAUAGACAAGAUGAUCGACAAUUGGGAGCCAGUAGUUUCCAUGGCUCGUAUGGAGAGAAAACCAUGCAUGAAUCAGAGGUAUUCUGUAGUGAUUUAGAUAGAGUCUAUUUGAAUUUUGUAAUGAGAAAGAAGCAGCAAUCAAGUGAUAAACAACCAAGAAAGAAGAGAAAGGCUGAUAAUGGUGAGUUGAUCAAUUUGAAUGUGCUGGCUAAUGGUAGUAAAGAGGAGGAGAAAGGCUAUUUGGAUAUGCCAAAAUUGAUUAGAAAUUCAAAAGUUUGGAAUUUUGAAAGCCUUGUUUCGAAUUCAAAAGGAUUGUUCAAGGAGAGUGAAAAUGAAAGAGUGGGUGAUUAUUCAUCCUUAUUCAAGUCUGUGGAUAGUUUGAUUGUAGAGAAUCCAAUUUCAAGUGAAGGCUUGUUAAGUCUUUUGAAUGAUUUUCCGAUGAAAAUUAAAAAUCAAUUUCAUAGUAUUGUUGAUGCUUUCCCGAUGUUGGAUAGUAGAAUUUUCAACAGUAUUGUUUUAGCCUUUGAUUCAUUGAGUAGUGACACUUUAUGUCAAAUAGUGAGGGUUGUAGAAUAUGGAUGUCAUUCAAUUAGUGAGGCUAUUUCAUUGAAUGAGGGUGAGGCAUCAUCACGUAACCCUGAUGGAGCUUUAUUGAUGAGAAUAUUCAAUAGACAUUUCUUAAUUCUAGUUGCUUCACUCUUCAAGCUGUCACAAAACAGAAAAUUGAAGGGAGGUAGCUUGGAAAAGAUACUCGGUUCUAUUGAUUCUUAUACUUCACUUCUUUAUGAGAAUGCAAAAAGAAAGCAAAUGAGAAUGGAAAUCUUGAUUGAAUUGGUGCACUAUUCCCUACCAAAGCUCCUAUUGGCAUUUUCAAAUGGAGGAAAAAAGUCUAGUACAAGCUUGUGGAGUGCGUUCCAAGUGUUGCUUCUAUUACCGUUCAAGAUUAUCAAUGAUGAAGAGGAUUUAAGAAAAUAUCACCUGAGAUUUUGCGCAUUUAUUUCCAAGUUGUGCAUAGAAGGAAUAAUUGAGCCACAAAAUAUGUGCUCAAUACUUGUUGAUAUACAUAAUCAUAACGAAGAAUUCUCCUUCGUCUUUUUGGAUUAUUUCAUUCAACUUGUACAGAAUAUGGUAGAGUUGACCAAUAAGAAGAGCAAAGAUGUAUCAAAGGCUGUAGAGCUGUUGUCAAUCCUUUCAAAGAAAAUUCCAAAAGUAUUCGUAAUGUACAUUUCUGAUCUGGAUUUCAUUUCCAAUUCCUCAAAUGGUUCAAUUAGAAAAUACUUUUUGGAAGUAAUUUCCAACUUGAUAGAGGCAAACAUACUCAAUAAGGAUUUCUUGAAUAUUGUACUUCAAAGAACAAACGAUAAGGACGCCUUUGUUAGAACAAGAGCAUUCCAGAAAAUUGCAGAUAUUUCGGGUCAGGUUGAUUGGAAUAAUUAUGCUGUUGAGUUUAACAAAUUCUUGAAUAAUUGCCUUGACCACAUCUCUGACAAGUCAAAGACAACAAGAGUACAGAGUAUUAAUGCUUCAUUUGGUCUAAUACAAAGAAAUCCCUACACCAGAGCUUUUGAUUUAUUAUUGUGUAGAGACAACUUUGAAAAAAGCGUCGAAUUGUUGGAUUUAUAUCAAUUAUACAAGAAUAAUGUGAUUGAGAAAUUAGGUCAAUCCUUAUAUGAUAACACCAUGUUAUUUUUGGAACAACAACCAAAGAAUAUGGUACCAUUCAUUGAUGAAACAUUCGAAAGCCUUAGUAGAAGAUUACAACAAAGUUCGCAUGUUAAAGUGAGAUUUUCAUCCACAAAAAGUGAGUGUAUUCUGUUCCAACAUGAAUCAAAUGACUUGGAUGAUGACAUUUCUUGUAAGAGAAUGCACGUAGAAUUUCUCGAAAAAGUCUACUACAAAUUCAUUCCCAAAUUGCUCAACACUUUGAGAGCUUUAUCACUUGAAGGCCCUCUAUUUUGCAAAGAAUCCAUACUAUCAGUGUUCAACUUGUUUGACAAACUGACCAUUCAAGGUUUGAAGAUUGACUGGUCAGAACUUGUAUCCUGUAUUGGAAAGGAUACACACUCAUCUGUUAAGCAGAGAAUAUGCAAUCUGUUUGUUUCCUAUUUUGUAGAUCCUCAAUCCAAGUUCAAGUUCGGUUUAUUGUUGCAAUCAAUCACAAAUACUGAAUUAAUCGAUCCAUGGCUGAUUUUAUUCAGUGGAAUCAAGACUUACUUCCCUAACUUGAGUUUGAGAUCUCUGGUUGAGUAUUGUAGGGAGAAGCUAGAUUUAACAACAGCAAUAUUCACCAUGUUGUUGUUGCUCAAGUUAGACUCUAGUUUUUUGGUAUUCAUUCCUUUUGAAAACAUUCUUCAAAACCUUAAAGAUUUGAUUUCCAACAUUGAAGGUAAUCGAAAGCUAAUCUCAUUGAAAAUAAGAAUUAUAGAGGAGGUAUAUAGAAUAAGCAAUAAUCAACCCUUCAAAAAGUCUGUGGACAACUUUUUGGAAGAAAACAUUGCGUUCCUACUACUAGAAUUUGGUCGUGAGACCCUUUCCUUGGUAUACUCUACAGAGAGUAAUAGAAGAUUGGCCUACUAUGGAAUUGGAAAAGUGGAGAGCUCAGUUUGGAAGGAUUUUACUGAAAAACAAGAAACUGAUCUCGAAAAGAUGAGUGCAUUCUUUGAUUUAGUUGGAGAGAUUUGUUAUAGGGAUAGUUUGGAAAUUAGGUCUAUUGCUACUAGGAAAUUCAACGAGAAUAGUGACAAGCUGAUAUCAGAGGAGGAUGAUUUUGAAGGUGAGGAGGAAAACUGCAUGAAGGAAAAUCAAAGAGAACAAGCCAAAGGACUUGUUUUAGAAAGGGCUGUUACUGAAAGCUUAACCAAGGGAUUUCUUUCUAGAUAUGUCAAUCUACUAAGGAACUGUAUGCAAUCAAGAAAGGCACCAAAAUCAUUGAAAAGUCAUGCUGUAGCUGCAAUUGGUAAGAUUAUGAUCGUUUCCAAAACACUGGCUUCAGAAUUUUAUCCACUCGUAAUCAGUUGUCUUAAAGUCUUUACCAGUGAUGGUGCUCCACUCAUUAUGAGUUGUUUGAUUGUAUUGGCUGAUUCAUUCGCAACCCUGGCAACCGAAUCUGAAGAGAAUAGUGGUCUUCUUUUGAAAUACAUUAGACACGAGAAUGAAGAAAUAUCAACUCUCUCACACUCUGUGAUGAGUACAUCUUUCAUCGAUCAAGUGAAUGCUUUAAUAACUAAAUUACAGGAAAUAAUUUCUGGACUUUCGGAAGAAGGAUUUAAAUCAGUAGCCCAAUUAUCAAGUUUCGGAAAGGAGAGGUUUGAGAAGAAACUUGCAUCAUGGAAGAGGAAAAUUAACAAAGCAGAACCAAAUGAAAGGAAGGAUGCUUUAUCUGGCUUGUUGAUUAAUGUGGAAAAAUUGAUAUUCUGCAUUCCUGAUAAAUUACUAAAUCUCGUAAAUAAUUCCAAGCAUGAAGAAGUUAAUGGUGUACAACAUAAAAUAGAUACUGAUUUACCAGAAUUGGGAGCAGGUGCCUCCUCUCCAUCACAACUGCCUUCAGAGAUUCAUCCACUCGAAAAUCAUCAAGAGAGUUUCAUUUCACAUAGUGAUUCCAUUCUACAAUCUAUUCACAAUCAAGAGGACACCCAAAGCACUACCUCAUCAACUCAAUCAAAGAACGGUAAAAAACGAUUAAGGCAAACAAAACUCUUUGAUUUAACUCCAAACAAGGACAAACAAAGAAUUUCUACUGGACUAAGUGAUGAUAAUGCUAAAAUGAAGCAAGAAUUUGAACCUGAUUGCACUUUGCAAGGACUGAACAAAUAUAGAAAAACUUCAGAAUAUUAUACAGAAAAUAAGUAUACAAAUUUCAUUACUGAUAGAGUAAAUGGUAUUACAACAUGUGUAGAAACAAAAAAGACAGAAAAGAGAAAAUCUAGUCGAAGAAAAAGUAGGAAUAGUACUGUUCUCUCUGACUCUGCAGCUAGGUCAAUAUUGUCUUCCCCUACCAAAAAGUCUAGCUCAAGAUUUUGGUCUGAACAAGAGAUGGACAAGUUAGAGGAAGGAUACAGACGAUUCAGUGAUAAUUGGACUAAGAUAUUGAAAGUUUAUUCUACAACCUUUCACACAUGUAGAACGCCUGCAGCUUUGAAGGAUAAGUUUUUGAGAACUCUUGCUCCAAAAUUCAAGAGAGAAGAGGAAGAGUCCUAUGAGGAUUCUGAGGAUUCAGAGGAUUCUGCUGAUUCUGCUGAUUCUAAUGAUUCUGAUGAUUCUGAUGAUUAAUCUGAUUAUUUUGCCACGAGUGGAUUGAGAUCUCUAAGGAAUUUACAUUUUAGAUUAUUGUUGUAAAUUACAAACUAGAAGGGUUCACCCAAGGCAAUUUUGAAAUCUAAAUUGUACAAAUACAACCUUUAAAUCAUUU